AUGGCAAGUCGCGCACUGUUUCCGGUUACCGCGCCCACCGGUCUCCUGACUGGGGGCCGUGCGGCUCGAACCUCCCCCGCGAGUCUAUCCUCGCGAGUACCUCUCCCGAGAUACAGUGCUUCAACUUUCUUUGCGCGGCCAGGAGCCCAGAAAGCCGGAAAGCUUGUACAUUCCAGCCUCUGCGCGGGAGCAUUGCAGCGCAGCGCGCUGCCGCGCACACCGUCGGCGCAACUUGCCACAGGCGACAGACUUCGCGUCUUCCCUUCCGUUCAUAACACUCUGCUCGCGAACGCGACUGGGCCUCGCCGGUUUUUCGCGGCUGCCGUAGGCGAGAAAGCGACUCAAGCACUGCAGUCGACAGGAUCGUCGGCUGCGCCCUCGCGUCCAAGUCAAGGAAACAGUGCACAGUUCCAACCUUCGGUUGCUGACAAGGCACGGGGCGCGCUUGGCGUAGGCUUUCUUCACCCCUCCAAGAUGAUUGGCUUCGCCGCUACGUAUCUCCUUAACUUCCGGUUCUACUUCAUCGUCUUCGGAGAAGUCAUGAAGCUCGUCCUGGCGACGAUGAGUUCCGGAUUGUUUUCGUUUCUCUUCUCCUUCGUACUCGCCUUCGAAGUCUUCUACUUCUUCCUCCAGUGCUACAUCUCGUAUACGUUCCUGACCAUGUUCUUCACUGUCCUCUUCUAA